AUGUUUGUUUUAUGUACAGUUGAAAACAUGGGGAAAAGCAACGGAUGCAAUCCAAGCGGAAGGAAAAGGAGGAGGGGGACAGAAAAUACGAAUGUACCCCGAGUACCGCUUUCUCUGUUGCGGAGCCCUUUUGCUGACAGUGUGCCUAAACAUGUUGGACAUGGAGUAGCCGAUGCCGCCAGAAAUGUGGUGGUAGGAGUUGGCAUGGGAAUGAGUGGUCUUAUUGCAGCGACCAUAGCUUCCGGGAAAGAAGAAGGCGCCGUUGGUGUCGCUAAAGGGCUCGGCGCCGGUAUUGUCACACUUGCGGGUGGAACUUUGGCUGGCGUGGUGAUGGGCGCGCGACAACUUGGCCGUGGUGUGAUGAACACAAAAGCUGCUCUCCAGCAAACAGUACGGGGAAGAUGCUACUGGUGCGAAAUAUAUGGGAAGUGGAUCGAUGUACACUUGGAUGACAUGUUGGCUGAUCUUCCUCCAACGGAUGAUGACAUCUACCGUAAGUCUCGCAAGCGGAAGAAUAAGAUAAUGGACUGGGUAAAGAAAAGCUUGUCCCCUGACUCUAAUGAGGAAGACGCUGCUGAUGCUGACUCUACUGAACAGCAGGAUGGAGAAUUGGGAGAGGACUUUUACAGUAUUUUGGGAGUGGGUAGAGAAGCCACGGCAGAUGAAAUUCGAUCAGCCUACCGCCACAAGGCACUACUACUGCAUCCGGACAGGAAUAUUGGUGAUGCAGACGCCUCGCAGCGAUUUCAACGUCUUUUGGAUGCCUACAAUGUGCUGAGUGACGAACGGUGUCGCAUCGAAUAUGACACAAGUGGAAAAGUAAACCCCAACCGUGUGGGCAACGGUUCAUACUCCAACAUAGAGGAGAUUCUUGGCGCAAGGCACUGGGAGCCCUUCAUCGGUCGUCUGGGGUGGACCCUUCACUUCACCUCGCGUUUAUACCUCGAUGGUGAGCUCAGGAAAGAAAUGAAGAACAGGCGACGGUUGCGUUUGGCCAAAAUUCUUCUGCCACUUGUGGAUGGCGAUGACGCCACGCUCGAGGCCGCACGACCGGCAAUCGUGGACGCGGUCUGCACGCGCGGUGGGCGGAGUUUCAUGCCUUUGGUCGCCAAACAAUACGCCGCAGUCGCUCGUCAGCACUUAACAAGGGUUCCUCUCAGGCGGGAGAUCGACCGAUUCCGAACCUCAAAGUGGGCCUGUAUAUCCAGUAUGAAACUACUCACAAAGACGUGUGUAACGACGCUGUAUAAGGCUGCACGGAAAAGGCUCAGCGGGGAUCAGCUCAUCAACGCUGCGUUGGCUUUUUGUCAGCGGGACGUGCAGCAGAGUGUCGGAUGUGCAGCCAACCUUCUCCUCUAUGACUUAUCAGUGACGGACGAACACCGUGCCAGGCGGGCACGGAUGCUGGUGAAAAUCAGUGAAAUGAUUAUGGAAAUUUGCUCGACAUGCUCUUCCAGCCGAUCAGAAGCGACGUCCCAACGGCUUUAG